GGAGAAAUAAUAUACUGUUUCUUUUCUUGUUUAUUAUUAUUAUUUUAAUGACGGCUAGAGUCAGGGUCGCGUCUGUACAUCCAUUAUAUCAUUUAUGGAGUUAAUAGCUGGUCGCAAGCACAAGCGAUAAGAAGCAUGGGGGAAGCCCAGAGUGCCUGCAAAGGGAGACGCUCCACUUUGACAGACUUCCCCUAACAGCUGACCGGUGGACUUGCCUGAUGCGAGCCACAUGAAUGCAGCAACACUGGGCGAGUGGCGCUGAGAAGUGGAGGCGACGGUGAAUGAUCGGAGCCGAGGGCUUACUGACAACGUAGCGAGACGACGGCACUGGCUCUCGAUUUUCUUCUCUAGCCAAGUUGCAAUGAUGUCACACAGCUAUGAUGUGAAUAAUGUCGAUACAUCUCAGUAGUCCAGCAUUUUGUGCAAAUACCAACUUCUCUUGUGUCCAUACUGAUUCACUCCAGAAUUGUUGAACACUCUUCAGAAGCACUGGACAUGCCUCAGCCUGGAAAUGGGAUGGAACCUGCUUUUGGAGACUCCUACAGGAUUUCCCAGACUUUUAUUAAUUCUGACCAAACAGCCUGUCAGUCAAGCUGCCGAGCUGAGCUUGAUAUUUAUGAGCAGCUGGACUCAACAGCCAACAGUAAGGGCGUAGUGCUAAUGCUAGGCUCUUGUGGGACUCCACCAAAAGGACCAAUUGAGUUGCUGAGUGACCUUGUUGAUGAUGAUGUCAGGGAAGACCAUCUGUCAGAGCGCUGGGACAUCUCUGCCUUGGAAGAUAUUACUCGUUAUGCCAAAGGAGGAGUGGAGAAAGAGUUUGGAAGCUCUGAGGGGGCACUAGUUUAUCAUGAGGCCCCUCAGCAUCAAGACACCCCAGCACUAAAUGUGACACAUGAUAGCUCUAGUGGUCAAAACACCACAGCUUGCUUAGAAUCCAUGAGAGAGCAGGAGGAUGAACAUGGUAGCAGGAUGAAACUGGAGAAGCAGGCAAAACCACCAAAGGUACUAACCACCUCAUGGAAGUGUUUGAAAGCUGAGCAGACUCUCAAGUCCAAAAGUGACAAUCUAAUGAGUACAAACAUUGAGGUCAAUGUGGCUGGCAUGAAGAGACCAAGAAAAAGAAGUAAAGAGACCAGCUCGUCUUUAUACAACCAGAAAUCCUUAGAUGCAGUUUUGGAGCUCACCAACGAAGAGCACAAUUACUCGAUGCAGGCUAAUGCAGAGUCAAGUCACAGUGAGGAUUCAGACAGCGAACGCACGGCCAGUGAAGGGGAAGAAGAAGAAGAAGAAGAGGAUGUGAAAUUGGCAGACCAGGAAAUAAAUGAAUCCAGUUCAUUUGAUGAGUCGGAUUUGGAGCCGGGAGAGCAGCCCUUGGAACAGACUCAGAAGAGGAAAUGCUUCUGGGAGUACAGUUACGGAUAUGAGUCAACAAGCAAAAAAGGGCGAAGUGAUUCUGCUGGAGCCUGGAAUGCCAGCACGCUGCCAAGCAAUCUGUACCAACGACUGAACACCUUGUCCACAGGCAAGAAUGGUGCGCAGAAGGUUCGUCGAACCGAUGCCAGUGACUUGACUCCUAAUCCUCGGAAACUGCUGAACAUUGGAGAACAAUUGCACAAACUCCACCAAGCCAUUGAGGACAUGCAGCCUGUUGGCCAUCUACCUGUUACUGCUAGGGCCCGCUCCCGAAAGGAGAAAAACAAACUGGCUUCCAGGGCUUGUCGUCUGAAAAAGAAGGCACAGCAUGAAGCAAACAAAAUCAAGUUGUGGGGUCUUAACCAGGAACACGACAACCUGUUGGGGGCACUAUUGCAGAUUAAAGAAGUUAUCAGAAGUAGUGUGGAAAACAGGGAAGGAACAACACAACUGGGGAUGACUGAGAAGCUUGAAUGUCUUCUGAAAGAAAUGACUGCUUUAACCAACUUUGAAUCACACUUGCAGUAUGGGCUCCGCAACAGACAGAAAGCAACGUGCUGCUGACUGGUUGACAAACUAUCCUGCUUGCAUACCACUGGCAAUUGGGAAGAUGCCAUUAAAGUGUAUCCAAAAUAAAACCUCUGUUUACGCUUUUUAACUUGAUUGUUGCUGCUUUCAAUAGUUUUAUGGAGUGAAUAUUUUCAGGAUUUUUAAAAAGCCGUUUCUUGAAAACUUAAUCCCUGUAAACACUUUCUUAUUGAUGGAGCAAAACUAAUAUGAUGCCAAUGAAUUAUUCAAAAUAAAAUCCUGCAUUGAUUCAAAUUUUCACUUGGUUGUUACAGCUUUUAAUUAAAAUGGUUUAAUAGAGUGAACAUAUUUCAUGAUUCUUAAAAGCUGUUGCUUUAAAACGUAAGCCCUGAAAAGACUUUAUCAUGGAGCUUGGUCUUCAGCAGCUGAAGUGAACCUCAGAGGCGGCCUUAGGAGUACGCGGGGCCUUGGGCGAGUGUCAUAUGCGGGCCCGAGAGCCAUAAGUGCAGGCUAUAUACCGUACCACCACACUCACGGGCUUGUCCGCCUCUAAUGCUGUACGCCUUAUCAUUGUUAAAAAACAUGGUGCCUUAUGUAGGUACCAUUGGCCGUUUGAUUAUAUUACGUAUUGUAAUUGUUCUUAUAUUGGUUUAGUGGCCUUUAACCAACUUAAUUAAUGAUUCAGAAACAUUUUGUACGAAAAAUUAACAAACUAGAUAACAGUCAUUUGUGCCGAACCCACUGGAGUCGGCAAAUUUAUUUCAUUCCGAAGAACCAGAACACUUGUAAUAAAACGAACACUUACCAAACAGCUGCUUUGACAGUCACAGACGGCGUGCGACAGGAGCUAUUUCUUGGAGGCGAUGACUCAGAGGCGUUCGUUAGGAACGUCCUGCUGAGGACCACUGUUUUCACCCAAAAGCAAGAAACAUGAUUUCUCACUCUAUAUUUCGACAAGAAAGAAGAGUCGAGAUAAGUUCCAUUUGGAGACACCUGCAUGGUAUUACCGUCGCCUUCUAUGCUGACCCAGUGUAAAUCCAAAACUGAAGAGAGCAAUUAUUACGGUAUUUUGGAACCAAAAAUGUCGUGCUAAGAGCUUUCUUGGUUAUUGGUAUAGAUGCCGGGAUAGGCUUCUAAAGUAACAAGUCCUCGUUUAUGAGUGGUUUCCGAAGAAAUCCACCACAUACCGUAUUUCAGUCUAUAACGGAUUUAAAUGUCUUGCAGAGGCCCUGCAUAUUUGUAUGAUGAGCUGACGGUGACAAAAGAAUCUCCUAUCGCGGGGUUUGGGGCGAUUGCCCUAGUCGCCACCCCCAAAGGCCGCCUCUGUCAGAUCGAUAAGUGCAAUGUAUAAUGGUUUGUCUUGUUCUCUGCAUUUUUCUUGGAGCUGAUAUAUAGAGAAGAUCAUGUCAGCUGUGAAUCUUUCAGCCCUAAAGCCGCACCGCAAUUCUGGAUAAAUGCGAUCGGCAUGGACUUGCAAUCGAGUUAGAACCACGUGGGCAGAGACCUUGCCCAAAUUGCUCAGGAAGGAGAUGCCCUGGUAACUGUUAUUAUUUUUAUACAGGGUGACUAUCUUGCCAUUAUGCAUGUCCUGUGGUACCUUACCUUCCCUCCAGCAGAGGCACAGGAACUCAAAGUGACUUUAGUAAGGCUGGCAUUCCACAUUUAAUGAUCCUCUCCCGCUACCUUUCCACAUAUUAGGGCUUUAAUGAUUUUGCUAAGUACAGCCACAGUUUGUUCUGCAUCUAGGCCUUCUGGGACAGGCGGGUCUUCAAUGAUGUCUAACACUACUUAGAUGGCAGGUCUAGAUAGUGUUUGAGCCAUUUGUUUGCAUUUGUCUGUGAUUACCUCUCCUGUCUUAGACAUCAGAGUUGCAUACUUCUUCAUUUGUUUACCUAUUGCAUGUUUAAUACCUUCAUACCUGCUCCUGACGUUGCCAGUAUCUGAUGCUGACAGUUGAAGCCAAUAAUAAUUUGCACAGCGGCGAACAGUUUGUUGGACCUUGCGAUGGGCAUCUUUCAGAUUUUUCUGGCUUUGGUCGCACUUGUAGCGCUAAUGACUGGCUCUAACACAGAUAUGCCAGCCUCAAACCAGUCUGUAUUAUGGCGCUCUUCUUGCCAUAAGUCAUGAUGGCAACACUGUAGGUGGUGUUUCAGAGGGAUUUCCAUCUUGCUCCUGUGCACUGCUGUUGGUCGCUAGCCAGGGACUUUUAAAGCCCCUCUAUAAACUCCUUGUUUUUGUCUGUGUAGGCGGUCUUGCCGAUGUUUAUUCUUGGUUGACAGUUAUUCUUAGAAAGAUGGGAUUUUUUUGUUUUGAGCAUUACCUUUGAGACAAUCUAGGAGUGGUCAUUAUCACAGUCUGCACUGUGGUAAACUCUGGUAUUGCAUAUGCUGUUUAGGAAGUCAUGUCUAGUGAUCACCAAGUCCAGUGGGUGCCAGUGCUUUGACCCUGGGUGUCUCCAGGAAGCUUUACGAUGUGCCUUGUUCUGAAAAUAAAAAUUUGUGACACACAACCUGUGAUGUGAGCAGAACUCAAGUAACUUCUGGCAAUUUUCAUUCAUUUUUCCUAUGCUGUGAUGACCUGACAUGCUUGGCCAGGCUCCUCGCUCUGCGCUUACCCUAGUGUUGUAAUCUCCAAAGAGGUAAAUGUGCUCUGAUAUUGGGAUUCUGUUAACAGCGCUACCUAGGUGUUCUAGUCUUUGACUUCUGAAGUGGCUUUUAGGGUUGGUGCAUAGAUACACAGAAGGUUUACAAUACCUGCUAAUGUGAAGAGGCAUAAGAUGGAAACUCUUUCUGUGCCACCCGUUGGAGGUUCAAUCAUGCGGAGCAGGAUGGUCCUGAUGGUAAAACCAACUCCUUGUUCCCUGGUUUUCUCAACACCCUUCCCCCUGCCAGAACAAGUUAUAAUGUUCUUCCUUCAGAGAUCCACUGUCUGGUAGCCUUGUUUCCUACGGUGCUGCUAUGUCAACAUGCAAUGUGCAGCUUAUGAUCAAUUACUGCAUUCUUAUGAGCAUCCUCAAUUUCUUUCAAGUCACAGGACAGGCCAGGGCACAUUGUUUGCAUGUUCCAGCUUGAUGAUAUAAAAAAACUGGGGUCUUUUUCCAGUGAGAUUUUCCUGGUGCGUGGUUAACAAUAUGCUUGUUGAGCAAAACUCUGAGCUCCAGGCACCCACUGAAGCAGACACACCAUGGAGUAUCAACACCUUACUGGUUGAGGGCUGCCUGGCUUGAGGCGGGUGACCAAUGGAACAUGAAGAUCCUUCCCACCAUCGAAGACAGCCCAUGGCGUCCAGCUGUGUGCCAGUUGAGCAGGGACUUAUAACCCAUAGUUGAUGUCUUCCAAUGCUGUGCUUGCACUGUGAGGUGAGACUGGAGUGACCUCUCCAGGGCACAAGCCUGGGCAACAGUAUAUGAGGGCCUUGUGCUUCCCAGACAACAGAUUCCCCAAACCCCCCUUUAGGCCAUGCCAACUAAAUACAAAGAAAUGCAAAACAUUACAUUUGGAGCCAGCUUGGCUGUAGGAGUUGCUGGAAGGAGGUUCAGUAUUGACAUCCAGCAGCCUUCAGGGCUCGGACUCUGGAUUUUUCCUCAGGGUGGACUCGCAAAGCCUUUUCUAUGAAUGGGUAUAGCUACAAGGCAGCAGAGGUUUGUAAUCCGUGUUUUCCUUCUCUUAGAUGAGCGGUCCACCCGCAUUGAUGAGCCCCAUCUGCCCAAAUUGCAGACAUCUUGAAACCAUCUUGCUGAAGAUCCCUGUAGAGACAUUGAAGCAAAAAGAAACAUUUUUAAACUCAGCCCUUACACAGUCAUCCUUAUAAAUAGUCAGUUACUUAAAAGAUUUACGGGUUGCCAAUAUCUGCAAUUAGGCCUGCAAAUUUCAAAAUGCAGUUCUAAAAAAUAUAUCUGGCAAAAUUAUAAGGACUGUUAUUUUGAUACUUACUUUAGUACAUAAACACCUGGUGGUCAAUGAGGAAAAGUAAUAUUAACACUGAAAAUAUUCCUUGGAAGGAAAAAUUCAUUGCAGUGUAUUGGGUUCAUAAGAGGAUUAACCAAAUGCAGACACUGAAGCAAAAAUGGCAGGCUAUAUACAAGCAUGUAAACAGUGCUAUAAAAACAAUGGCUGCACACUGGCAUAGCAUUUUUUUUUUUUUUCAUUUAGAAUAGCUAAAAAACAUUAUAUGACAAACAACUGAUGUUUAAAAAGAAGCACAAAUUCUAGAGCCGUAGUUCCAUUUUCACCAACAACAAUCUGGAUGUGUACUAUGAAAAGCUGCUGUGGCCUCUGUAAGCCUGAUGCCACCAUUACUUAUUGGUCAUGGAAGGUUUCCUGCAAUUGUAAGCUGGGCAUUAAAAACAAAUGCCCUGUUUCUCUCCCAAUACACAGCUCAAAUGGAUUUCUAAAGGUCUACAGCAUAUAGAUUCAAAUUUGAAAUAUCAUUGCAGCAAGCAACACAGUGAAUGCCCAAAGCAACUGGUUAUGGUGCCAGUAACAUGCUGUCCCCACUUCUCCUGUUAGUAGAAACCGUUCUGCCGGGGUUAGAAACUAAGCCAAACAUGAAGGCCAGGAACUGGACUAAGUUGUCAGAAGCUAUAUGAGAUGCAUGUCAUUGGAGUAUUUGUAGAUGAUGGGAGCUUGUCCCCACCACCACUCUCAGCUAUGACACCUUUUGGAAGUUAGCCUUGGUAAAGUUUGAAAUUUCUGUUGUAGUGGUCCGAAUAAAUUGCUGUAUAGAUAAAGGAAAGAACUAAUUAUUUUGUGUUCUUGUAACAAUUAUUCUUUUAUUCAACAAGAACAAAUUAUGUUUUACAUGCUAUUAAUUACAUAGGAUAAAUUGGCAAUUUUUAUUUGUGCUGAAAUUUCAUGUUUUCCCCUGCCACCCAAGCUGUUAGUAGUUUACUCAAAAAAAGUAAAGGAUACGUCCACCACAAGGUGAAAACCAAAAACAAUUUGAUUUAAACUUAAAAAGUUUAAAUCAAAUGCUGCAGUGACAGAGCACAUGUUGCAAAUGGUGUGUUAUUGGAGUAAAACUUUAACAUCUUGUAUUUCAGAUUUUGAAAAUGAUUUUUGAAAUCAGAUAUUUUAUUUAUAAAAGUUGGCUCUUGGAAGUGAAGGUGGCAAAGUGGUGCAGUGUUUAAAGUUCCAGAUGACUGGCUCAGUCACUGCAUGCAUGAAAUCUGCACAUUGUCUGUGUGUUUACUUUGGCUUUCCACCCAUAAUCAAAAUAUGUGCAUGUUUGGCUAACCGGCACUAUAUGAGUAAAUGUGAGUGUACAAGAGAGGACCGCAAGGUGGGAACACUUCAGCUGAGGGGCACAACCGUACCACCCAGAAUUUACAGAGGUUUACAAAAACAAUGGACCAUUAAAAGGGAUAAAACAUGUUUCUCAUCUGACCAUCUAAUAAACAAAAUUAAAUGCAUUUAAUGUGAGCACAUAUUCCAGCCAUCUGAAGCUACUACCUCUAAAAACAAAGCAAAGAACUCAAGUAAGUAGGCAUAUUUCAAAUUUAUUUUUCCACACUAGAUUGAAACGCGGUGGCAAUGCAGACUUCCCUGCACGUAUUUAACUGGUGCAUGACAGGCAUACUUUUCCUAGCAGUACUGACAUUUGGGAGAUGGCAAAAUUGUGUUUACUUGUCUGUUGCUGGUUUCCUUUUCAAAAUUUACACUUAUUACAUGAAGCAAAACCAAUCUAAUCUGCUGGUUAAAGAUUCUUGGUAUCCAAUCAAAAUUUUCAGUUUUAUUAAUUUUAGGAGCAUACUGGUCAGUUUCAAACCCUGCUGCCACAAUUGUGUUCAGUUGUGUUUAGAUUUAUCAAAAUAAAGAAUAAAAAAACUGCCUGCUGUCUACAAUAUAGAUUUUUAAAUAAAUAAAGCACAAUGUAAAAUGUUAUCUUUACAGACAUUUUUUGCUUACUUCAAUACAGACAUGCAAGAACACAAAACUCCCAACUCCUAUAUAUAAAAACUCAAACCGGAACAAAUGAGAGUUUCUGCUAAAUCUACAACCAAGUACAAGUUACUAUACCUGACAAAUGUGUUAACUUUUCAGAUAGUUCUGGAUAUUUUCCAGCUCGAGGCAGGCUAUGGUAGAAUGAAGUUAUUCCAAGUUUCGGCCAUCUACCCUGUUCUGAGCCUACCCGUGUGUGUGUCUUGUUUUCUCUGCUGGGUUGGGAAGUCUCACACUUUCAAAUGCUUUCCUUGACAGGGCCACAGGUAGCAGGCCACACCAAAGAGUUUGUGCAAAAGAUACUUGAGAAGACGGCAACAGGAGAAGCACAAGAGAGCCUGGGCCAGAGCU